UCCAGCAAGGUUUUGCUCCAGCCCUGGGCGUGCAGCUGUUUCUGGGUUAAUUGCUGCCCUGGCAUUUCCAGCGAUCGCUGCUUCUGGAAGCGAUGAUCGCCCAGCAGGAACUUCAGCAAGGCAUCCUCUUCUACAGGGCGUUGGGAGAGACCCAAGGGUUGGCAGAGAUCACCCAGACUUUCCUCCACAUCUUGGAAAAACUGGAGCAGUUUGCAGAAGGUUCUGCGAAGAGAUGCAAGGAUAAAAACCUGGAGGAAGCUUUUCGGCUCUUGUUGGGAGUGAGCAAAGGAUUAUGGGAACUGGACCCCAAUCACCUGCUCCCCCUGGCCCGCUGUGUGCUUGCUUGCCAGAUGGAGACCACAGGAGCCUCCAGCUCUUUCCACCGCCUGGAAAAGAUGGUUGCCAAACUCUCAGAAGGGCAUGGGGCCCUGAUCUCCGAACAGGUGGAUGAGCUGAUGAGCAGCCUGGUUGAGGACAAAGAGGUGCUGUCUCCUCGAGAUCUCCAGACAAUCUGCAUGUUCCUUGAGGAGAGCAUGCUGGGACGAUGUUACUGGAGAAAGAACCUGAUGCCGCUACUGAGAGGUGUCAGCACAACAUUUGAUUUGCUGUCGCAGGACCAGGUGGUCAGGAACGACAGAUGGCAGUACCUCACAGUGAAGAUGUGCCUGCUCCUUUUCAAGUUGAUGCCUGAGGCGAUCUCCCCGCUUGUGUGGAAGGAAAGUGAGAAGAGCGGAAUUCUGCAAAACAUUCUGGGAUCUCUGGUGCGAGUCAUCGUGGAAAAGGAGGCCCGCAAGGACACCCGACUGUUGGCCGGUACGGUCUUGAGUAUGCUGGUCAACACAGCCCCUGAGCCGCAGAGUGGGGCUGCUUCAGUUCUGGGUCUCUAUCAUCUGCUGAGUCCAGAUUCUGUUGUCCAGAAGCAGGAUCCUGGAGCAGCCAGCCACAAAGGAGGAUUGCGGUUGGGGGUGCUCCGGAUCUCUCCAUGUGCUUGGAGUCCGGAUGGACUGGAGACGGUGGCUCUUACGAGAGGCUUAUUAACUUGCUGCAAAAAGGAGAUCCUGAGUUGCCAGCUGGAGGUUACCCUACCAAAGACCUGUCUGUUGCUGGAUGUGUUGUUCCCAGCUGUUUUAGUCCUGAUGGAAGAGCAGAAGGAUCAUCACUAUUACUGCUUCCAAGUUUUCACCCUGUGGCUUCAACGUGUCCGAGAAAGUCUGGAUGAGAUUUGGAAAGUGAAGGAAAAUUGUUUGCUGGCAGACAACUCUAGACUGCUGCAGAGACUGACCCACUUUCUCUGGAACAAUGCAGAGAGCCUAGUCGAGGGACUAUCGGAUUUUGUGCACAGCUCCUUCCGGCUUCUCCUAGAGAUCUACAGCCUAGAGUGUGAUCACUUCAAGAACCCAGAAAGACCCUUAUAUGAACAGUUCCUGCAAAGAGUGGUUGACAUGCCUUGGCAAUCCAGAGCCCGAUAUUUUCCUCUCUCUGCAGUUCUGCCUUACCUGGGACCUGCGAAGGUCCUGGAUAGCUACAAGGAUCUUCCACAGCACCUCUUGAACUGCCUUUCGACCAACCACCUGUGCCCUCCUGCUUCGGAUUUGUACAAAACUCUCCUUCAGCUGCAGCGCCAAGUCUGGACUGAGGGACAGAGGCCUGUUCCAGAGGAAGAGCUGGCUCAAAAGUGGGCCCGUGGUUGGUUGUCAACUGUCUCUGCUGCCUUGACCUCCUCCAUCCCUUUACUUCAGAGCAAUGCCUCCAACUACCUCCUUGUGUCCAGUUUGAGGGUUUUCCCUGCCUCUUACGCUCUGCUGGCUGAAGGCUUUCGUGGUGGGGGUUCUGCUCAACUCCGGGCCUGGGUCACGGUGCUGAAUGCUCAGAAAACCAUCACGGGAGCCUUGCCCACAGAUGGAGAGUCCCUCAACAGACUCUCCGCCUGCCUCUUCUCCCAAGAGGAGAACAUUCGCCUGGCAGCCCUGGGUCUUCUCUGCGGCAGUCCACGCACCAACCAGGCCUUGUCCGAGACCGAAGGCAGACUCUUGAAGGAAUUCCUGGUGCUGAAUUUGAAUUGUGACUCUUCGGCAUUCCGCCAGCUUCUGCAAGCCACCGUCAGAAAGGCCCUGGUCAGGCUGAGGGACAGCUCGCUGGCUACGUUUCGCCGACAAGGGCAGGACAAGAAGGAAGGCUGGCCUGGGGGUGGUCCCGAAAGGUCCCUCGCUCCAGCGGUGGGUUUUGUCGAGUGGCUUCAGCAACUCUGCUUCUCCUCUCUGAUGUCCGGUGCAAACUACCAGCGGAGGAAAACCGCCCUCCUCCUGCUGGCGGCCAUCUUGGAGACCUGCACAGAUACUUGGAGCCCGGAGAGAAAGAAGGGGCAGCCUCCUCGCAACAUGGCUGCCUUGCUGAGCUGGGCCCGGAGCAGAGGCUGCUGGGACUUUUUCUCCAGAAGCAACAUGCUGUCUUUGCUGAGCUGCUUACAGGACGGUACGAAUGAGAUCCGUGAGCUGGCAUCCGAGUUGCUCGUCUGCUACUUCCCACCAGCUUUCCCAGAAUCCCUUGCUGUGGCUCUCUUCGCGCGCGCAGAGGAGGCCAUGAGCAGUCCCAGAGUCCAGGAAGCGGAAGCCGGAGCCGUGCUGAUGAAAACCAUCCUCCAGAAGUCAGACAACGGUCUCUUGAAACAGAUAUUGCCAGAGGGAGAGACAGAGCUCCCGGUGGAGUAUCGAUGCCUGUGCUUUCUCCUCAGCAUGCUGAAUGUUCAUCACGCCAAGGCCUGCCACGACAUGUUAGAGGCGGCCCGCACCUCACCCCUGCAUGGAGUGAUCGGUGCUUUGAGGCGAUGUCUUUGUGAGGUCCCGGAAGUGAUGGCGUCUAUGUUGAAGAGAGAUCAAGCACAGCGAUGGCGGGAUUUCCUCGGCCGCUUGGUAAACAGCGUGAGGGACAUCAGCGGUUUUCUUCUGGGAGUGUUACAGAGCAAGCAAGCAUCACGCUCAGAUCGGCAAGCUGCCGCUCCAUCCUUUGCAGACAUGGGGAAUGCGAUUGGCUCUCUGAUCCGGCUAGGGAGAGGCUCUGAAGACCACGAUCCAGAAGACUGGGUCCUGCUCUCAGAGGAGCACGGUCUUAUCCUGACCUGCUGCUGGGUCUCUGUGAAAGAAAUUGGGCUGCUUCUGGGAGGCCUGAUGGAGAAGAUCCUACCGCUAGCGCCACCUGCAGGCUGUGAGCCUUUCCUGCCGCUCCAGGUUGUAAAGACGGCCGGUGAGGUGUUCCAGGAAAUUUUGCUGCGGUGCCGACACUGGGGAGCUGUGGAAGGCUGCAGUAUUGGAUUCACCAAGUUCUGUGCCACUUUACUGAGCCACGCAGAGCCAGAACUGCAGGAUAUACCAAGGACAAUGCUAGGACAGGGCUUGGCGUUGUUAUGCAGUCCAAGGAGUAGCUCCAUUACUCGGCGGGCAGCCGGCUUUCCGAUGCUCUUCCUCUGCAUCGUGGUCGGGGAAGAUCCCACUAAGCCACGCCCCCUUUUGGCCAAUUGCAUCCAGACUUUGCUGUGCUUAGCCAACACACCCAUCCUCCAAGACUGGGACCAGACUGUGGACUUGCCCCAAGUUUCAGCCAUUCAUGUGCUGCAGACGUUAGUUCGUGGUUCUGGUCUCGGAACAGCCCUCCACCAGUACAUUACCUCCAUGGUGAUUCUGUUUCUCAAGGCGCUCAGCUCUCCGAACUGGGCCAUGAGGAAUGCAGGCAUUCAGCUCUUUGGUGCUCUGACCGUCCGACUGCUUGGUCAGAAGCAAAGUCAGGACGACAGCCAUGGCCGGGAUGGGAUGAGCUCCGAAGCUCUCUUCAGUCACUACCCUCGGCUGAAGGACAUCCUGCUGGGAGAACUGGUCUUGGCUGAGGGUGUAUCCGGAGAGCCCCAAAGAGGGAAGUUCCACCUUUAUCCCUCCCUCUAUGCCACGCUCAGCUUCCUGGCAAAACUGCAGCCGACCACAGAAAGCCUGAACAGUAGCUCCAUCUGCUUCGUGGAACCUUUGAUCCAAAUUGCAGGAAACCCUAUUUACGCUGUGCGGGUGAUGGCCGCCAGGGCCCUGGUGCCUCUUGUCUCUGCGACAGAACAUGGGAACAUCCUCUUACGCCUGGCUUCAGGUCUAGCAGAAUCAGCUGAGGUUGUUUCCCACAAUGCACUGCAUGGAUGUCUGCUGCAGAUCCAAUUCAUUCUGGCUCAUGCUCUGAAUGUCAAUAGUCUGUCUCCUGACGUGCUGCUCUCCGUUGCCCGCCAGGUGGAGGAAGGCAUCUGGUUGCUCACUCCUUUGCAGAAAUGUCCCCUGAUUCGCUGGGCUUACCUACAAGUCAUCUGUCUUCUGAUCGGAAGCUGUUCCCCAAGUUUUGCACAGCGAGUCUGGAAAGUUGUGAACAGUGAACUGGACCACUUGCACGCUGUAGAGAAACCUGGCUUAUCUCAGAUUCAGGUAUCCAUGUUUAAGAAGAUAAAAAGAGCCUUGCUGGAUCAGGCCCAUCAGUAUCCUGUUUCCCACUGUGGCCCAUCAGAAGCAUCUAGGAAGGAGACGAAGGUCGGUGCGGCUACGUUCCGCCAGCUCGCCGCUCACUUCCUCUGCAGCGAAGCAGCCAGGCUGGGCAGUCCAGAGCGAGUCGGUGAACUUUGCUCGCUCCUGCAGAGGGGCCCCAUUGAUGUGCAGGAAUCCAUUCUCACCUGGCUGAUCGAAAAGGAGAGGGGGAAAGACCUCGAUUUCAGCAAGGCGCUGCUGGAGAAACUGGGCAAGGUGCUGAGAGGCAGGACCGACCAUCUGUUUCUGAAGCUGUACCUGCAGGCUUUUGUCGAGGUCUACAGCUGUCCCUCCGCUCAUAAUGUGCUGGUUUCUCUUAAGCCACCUGAAUAUACAAAGUGCAAGGAUGUCUUCCUGUCUGUGACGGAAAGCAACACUGUCAGCCCAGGCCUUCUCUGUCACGCGCUGUGUGCUUUUUCUUUGCUUCUGACUCUGGACUUUGAGGAUCAUCCUUCGCUGGAACGGUGGUGUGUGACGUUAGAGAGAUGCAGCGACCCCCUUUCUCCUGAGGCUCUAAGAAUGGCUGCAACGAAGUCCCUGAAACUAGCAGGAGUAGCUCUGGUUCAGAAAGCCCAGGAGUCACCUGACAGACCCCUUCAGGCAAUAACUGUGCGCCUGAUUGAUGUGGCUCUCUGCCUGCUCCAAGAUGAGGACCAAGAAGUGAGACAUGAAGUUUCCACCUUUGCCAGCCUCCUGGUGCAACCGGUCUCCGGGGAUCCAGUUCAAGGGUGCUGUGAUUUGCUUCAGAGCAACAAGGGGAUGGUCAGCCUGCUGCAUCUUCUGCUGGAGAAGUUCUGGGAUUGCCCAGAAACCUUUGCAUCCCUGGUGCAUCAUCUCCCCACAACAGAUCUCAGCAGUGCCUUGACGGAGCUGGAGGCCAAGGGGGCUUUCGGGCUGUAUCCAGAAGACGAGCCCAACAUUUACGCCGAGCCAGUGGUCCUUUCCCAGAUGAUUCUCCCUUUCCUGCACCAGCUCCUCGACAGAGCACCCACCUCUCUGAAACUUUGGGAGUCCGUGCAAAGCUGGCUGCAAGCCACCGGACCUGGAGUCUUAGUCGGCCUACAGCACUCCAUAGAUUGGUGGAGCCAAGAUGGGCGCACCUCUCUGCACUUGAAGGCUCUGGCUUGUCCAAAGGUGUGCCUUGCGGUCAUAACGCUGCUGGUCAAGGCUGCCCUCGUGACCCACAUGCUGGAGAUCUUGGAAGAGGGCAAGCAUCCCCCCGUCAAGGAGAUCAACUUCAGUUCCCAGGACCUGAGGGGCACGACAUUGUCCGUUCAGAAGCUGCUGGCUCACCAUGGAAUGGUGUCUAUGGUGAAUGUCAAGGUGGAGCAACUGCAUCAGGAAUGAGAAGGUGGACCCCUAUCUGAGCGGGACUCCUAAUUUAAAAAGGUAAUAUGAGGGAACACCAGCAACAGCCAGAGGAGGAACCCUGUCCUGGAACUGGGCAGGUAGGGACAGUUGCUCGUCAACUGCUAAAUAUAAGAUGCCUCUUUGUCAGUUGAAAGGUUUUACAUAUUAAAAAUAAAUAAAUACCGGUGACUCUCAUCAUCCACGGUUUCGCAGAUCGCAGUUUUCUAUAUCUGUAGAUGGGUCUUCCAUAGGCGAUGGUAUUUUGCCUAUCCUUGAGUGGCCGGAUAUGAUGUCUGGUGUCAUUUCCGGCCGCCAUUUUGAAGCACAGAGACAUUUUGUAACAAGUGGCCACAUCAUAAAUUUGUAUAAGGUUGUAACCUAACCCCUGGAUUCCCAUAGGGGUAUGGUUUCUUUAUUGGCAGUUUCCAUAUCUGCCCUUAUUGGUGGGAGCGGAACCCCUGCAAAUAAAGAGUGCCUUCUGUACAUUAAAGUACACCAGUGAUUAUCAAAACGUUUCAACAUUGGACUAGGACUGGGGAGACCUGAGUUCAAAACCCCUCUCAGCCAUGGAACUCACUGGGUGACUCUGGGCCAAUCACUAACCUACCUCACAGGGUUGUUGUAAUGGAUAAACAUAAAACUAUGUACACCGCCCUGGGCUCCUUGGAGGAAGAGCAAGAUAUGAAUGUUAAAAGAAAAGUAAAAACAAUUCCAUUUCUAAAGGCUUCGCAAAAUAUGUAUGUCUUAACACAUUUUCAAAGACAGCAAAAGAAGAACACAAAUGAGCAUUUUGAGAAAGAAAUGUUUGUAACUUUGGGUUAGUAAAGAUUGUUUUUUUGUUUAUUAUCAGCUGCAAGACUCUGUAUUUCAUCUUAUUGGAAAUGUCCACAUCUAUCCUCAUUAAUAGACUGGUAUAAACAUAUUUGGGAUAUCACAUUACAAAAGUAACUUAUUUUAGAAGAUCAAAACUGAAUGUAGCCAGACAAAUUUGUACAACGAUGGCUUUUAUUUAUGACUUUUUGGAAUUCAAAAUGUAACGAUGAUGUGCUCCCUUACUCUUUAUUAUUGUAUUCUAUUUUUGUAUUAAAAUAUUUUUUUCAUUUAAAGAAAAA